AUGAGUACAGAAGUUGCCGGUAACCCAGGCUUGACAAUGAGCCGGAUGAUAUUUAAAAAUUAUCUUUUUAAAUGUAGCCUAGCUUUUAAUAUAUCUAAACAUAUAAUUUUAUUACUAAACUGUGCAAUUUUUAGUACAAAAAGAGAAAAUAAUUCCUAUGUUAUAAGAAAAGUUAUGAUUAUUUUUAAAUAUAAAUUUCAGUCAAAAAUGUUUCUGUCUAUUUUUCAUAUUUUUCAUGCAUAUUCUGAUAAAUUUUUAAUUUUAUAUCCAAGAAAGCUGUCUCUUUUUAUCAAAUAUUAA